GAUUGUCAAAAAAUUUAUGUCAAAUUCAAUUUGUCAGUGACCAAAUUAAAUAUACAUUUUUUUAAAUGGAUUCCACCCUCACCAAUACUCCCGAAGAAAUGCCCAUCAUAAAUUCUGAAGGAAACGAAUCGAAAGAAGUAAGUGAUGAAAAACAGAGAGCUGGCAAGGACGACAUAUGGAAAGACGUACUAGGUUCUGGAUGCAUUAUGAAGAAAAUAAUUCACGAGGGUAUACCAGACACCAAACCCCAACGCUUACAAACUUGUUGCAUAAAUUAUACCUGCACUCUAGAAGAUGGAACUGUAAUUGAAGAAGUUGAUGGUAUGGAGAUUUUUGUGGGUGACAGCGAUGUAAUUCAGGGUCUGGAUUUUUGUAUUGGCAUAAUGAAUGUAGGAGAACAAAGUAUGGUAAAAGUAGCUCCCUUAUUUGCGUACGGUGAUAAAGGUCUUUCGGGAAAGGUUCCGGGAAAAGCAACUCUCAUCUUUAACAUAGAGUUGAAAGCUUUAAAGUCUAUAGUUAAACCGGAAAAUAUUUCAAUUCAAGAAAGAAAACUUAUUGGAAAUAGAAAACGGGAGCGCGGCAAUUGGUGGUAUGGGCGUAACGAAAACCACAUUGCAAUUCAUUGUUAUCAAAGAGCUUUGCAAUUUCUUACCACCACGCCCCUAGAUAAAGACAAUUCUGAAGAAGCUGAGACUGGGGCAGAUUUGGAGGAAUUAAUGGAAAAUAGGAUAACAGUUUUCAACAAUUUGGCCGCAGCCCAAAUUAAGGUUAAAGCUUACGACGAGGCAUUAAAAUCGUUGGAAAUUGUGUUGAGAGAUAGACCUGACAAUAUUAAGGCAUUAUUUAGAAAAGCAUUUGUUUAUAGAGCCAAAAACAAUCUUGUAUCGGCAAUUGCAUGUCUGCAGAAAGCUAAAGAGCUGGCACCAACUGAACAAGACGUUCAAAGAGAACUAAAUGAACUAAAUAAGCUGAUGCAAAAAGAAAAAGAAAUAGAAAAGGAACUUGCUAGACGAAUGUUCAAUGAAUCAAAGUCUUUAGCCAAUCACAAUAAAAAGACGUCCAAGGCAAAAAUUGGAAUUUGGAUGACAAUUGCUGCCACCUUAGCAUUAGGCGCAGGAGUGGUUGCAUAUAAGUUUAUUCGUUUAUACUAGGUGUGGAAAAUUAGGUUACAUUAGAUUAUGUUUUUAAAAUUGUUCUGAACAAUAUGAUAGUUCGGUAAAUGUAUUUUAUAAUAAAAAUAAAGGUGUACUGCAUACCAAAAAUGUCUUUAAUUCGUUGAUUAAAAACUAAAUUGUCAUCACAAUAGUAAAAUAAAAAUAUUAAGUGAA